AUGAAUCCUAUCGCUGCCAUCGUAUACACCCUACGCAGAUUGUGGAGACGUUUCCCUGCGUCUAACCUCAACGCUUCCAGCCCACCCUCCCCCACGUUCAGAAUUCCGGCGGCGUUUGGGUCUCUGACACCCACAGCCUUUUGGAGGCACCAGUGGUCUGUGGUGUGCGCCGGGCUGCUCGCCGCCGCUUUCGCUCGCUCGCUCCGCGUCUCGGCCGGAGGAGGAGGCAGUGGCGCCGGCGACAGCUACGGCAACGGCAGCCACGGCGGCGGCGGCCGCGGCGGCGGCGACAUCUCCGCCUCCACCCCCGCCCGGGACGGUAGCGCCGAUUCGGGCAACCGGAGCCUGGGCGCGAAGCGAAGAAGCCGGAACAAAUUGCUUGAGGACACCUCCUCUGAGGGGCGCCGCUCGCCCCUCUUCGGACCCCCCGGGGCCCCGGCUGGCCAGAGGAUGGACGAGGAGGAGGAUGGAGCGGGCGCCGAGGAGUCGGGACAGCCCGGGAGCUUCACGCAGCUCAACGACCUGUCCGGGGCCGGGGGCCGGCCGGGGCCGGGGUCGGCGGAAAAGGACCCGGGCAGCGCGGACUCCGAGGCGGAGGGGCUGCCGUACCCGGCGUUGGCCCCGGUGGUUUUCUUCUACUUGAGCCAGGACAGCCGCCCGCGGAGCUGGUGUCUCCGCACGGUCUGUAACCCCUGGUUCGAGCGCAUCAGUAUGUUGGUCAUUCUUCUCAACUGUGUGACUCUUGGUAUGUUCAGGCCAUGCGAGGACAUUGCCUGUGACUCCCAGCGCUGCCGGAUCUUGCAGGCCUUCGACGACUUCAUCUUUGCCUUCUUUGCCGUGGAAAUGGUGGUGAAGAUGGUGGCCUUGGGCAUCUUUGGGAAGAAAUGUUACCUGGGAGACACUUGGAACCGCCUUGACUUCUUCAUCGUCAUUGCGGGGAUGCUGGAGUAUUCGCUGGACCUGCAGAACGUCAGCUUCUCAGCAGUCCGAACAGUCCGUGUGCUGCGACCGCUCAGGGCCAUUAACCGGGUGCCCAGCAUGCGCAUCCUCGUCACAUUACUUCUGGACACCUUGCCUAUGCUGGGCAAUGUCCUGCUGCUCUGUUUCUUCGUCUUUUUCAUCUUUGGCAUCGUCGGUGUCCAGCUGUGGGCAGGGCUGCUGCGGAACCGAUGCUUCCUCCCUGAGAAUUUCAGCCUCCCCCUGAGCGUGGACCUGGAGCCUUACUACCAGACAGAGAAUGAGGAUGAGAGUCCCUUCAUCUGCUCCCAGCCAAGGGAGAGUGGCAUGCGGUCCUGCAGGAGCGUGCCCACCCUUCGUGGGGAAGGUGGUGGUGGCCCGCCCUGUGGUCUGGACUACGAGGCCUAUAACAGUUCCAGCAACACCACCUGCGUCAACUGGAACCAGUACUACACCAACUGCUCUGCAGGCGAGCACAACCCCUUCAAAGGCGCCAUCAACUUCGACAACAUCGGCUACGCCUGGAUUGCCAUCUUCCAGGUCAUCACCCUGGAGGGCUGGGUCGACAUCAUGUACUUUGUGAUGGAUGCUCAUUCCUUCUACAACUUCAUCUACUUCAUCCUCCUCAUCAUCGUGGGCUCCUUCUUCAUGAUCAACCUGUGCCUGGUGGUGAUUGCCACACAGUUCUCAGAGACCAAGCAGCGGGAGAGCCAGCUGAUGCGGGAGCAGCGUGUGCGAUUCCUGUCCAAUGCCAGCACCCUGGCAAGCUUCUCCGAGCCAGGCAGCUGCUAUGAGGAGCUGCUCAAGUACCUGGUGUACAUCCUCCGCAAAGCAGCCCGCAGGCUGGCCCAGGUCUCUAGGGCUGCAGGUGUGCGGGCUGGGUUGCUUAGCAGCCCAGUGGCCCAUGGUGGGCAGGAGCCCCAGCCCAGUGGCAGCUGCUCUCGUUCACACCGUCGUCUAUCUGUCCACCACCUGGUGCACCACCAUCACCACCAUCACCACCACUACCACCUGGGUAAUGGGACGCUCAGAGUUCCCCGGGCCAGCCCAGAGAUCCAGGACAGGGAUGCCAAUGGGUCUCGCCGGCUCAUGCUGCCACCACCCUCUACACCCACUCCCUCUGGGGGCCCUCCGAGGGGUGCGGAGUCUGUGCACAGCUUCUACCAUGCCGACUGCCAUUUGGAGCCAGUCCGUUGCCAGGCACCCCCUCCCAGGUCCCCAUCGGAGGCAUCUGGCAGGACUGUGGGUAGUGGGAAGGUGUACCCCACUGUGCACACCAGCCCUCCACCAGAGAUGCUGAAGGAUAAGGCACUAGUGGAGGUGGCCCCCAGUCCUGGGCCCCCCACCCUCACCAGCCUCAACAUCCCACCUGGGCCCUUCAGCUCCAUGCACAAGCUACUGGAGACACAGAGUACGGGAACCUGUCAUAGCUCCUGCAAGAUCUCCAGCCCUUGCUCCAAGGCAGACAGCGGAGCCUGUGGGCCAGACAGUUGCCCCUACUGUGCCCGGACGGGGGCAGGGGAGCCAGAAUCUGCUGAUCAUGAAAUGCCCGACUCAGACAGUGAGGCUGUGUAUGAGUUCACACAGGAUGCUCAACACAGUGACCUCCGGGACCCCCACAGCCGACGGCAGCGGAGCCUGGGCCCAGAUGCAAAUCCUAGUUCUGUGCUGGCUUUCUGGAGACUCAUCUGUGACACAUUCCGGAAGAUUGUAGAUAGCAAAUACUUUGGCCGGGGAAUUAUGAUCGCUAUCCUGGUCAAUACACUCAGCAUGGGCAUCGAGUACCACGAGCAGCCCGAGGAGCUCACCAACGCCCUGGAAAUCAGCAACAUCGUCUUCACCAGCCUCUUCGCCUUGGAGAUGCUGCUGAAGCUGCUCGUAUAUGGUCCCUUCGGCUACAUUAAGAAUCCCUACAACAUCUUUGAUGGUGUCAUCGUUGUCAUCAGUGUGUGGGAGAUUGUAGGCCAGCAGGGAGGUGGCCUGUCGGUGCUGCGGACCUUCCGCCUGAUGCGGGUGCUGAAGCUCGUACGCUUCCUGCCGGCGCUGCAGCGGCAGCUCGUGGUGCUCAUGAAGACCAUGGACAACGUGGCCACCUUCUGCAUGCUGCUCAUGCUCUUCAUCUUCAUCUUCAGCAUCCUGGGCAUGCAUCUCUUCGGUUGCAAGUUUGCAUCUGAACGGGAUGGGGACACGUUGCCAGACCGGAAGAAUUUUGACUCCCUGCUCUGGGCCAUCGUCACUGUCUUUCAGAUUCUGACUCAGGAGGACUGGAAUAAAGUCCUCUACAACGGCAUGGCCUCCACAUCGUCUUGGGCUGCCCUUUACUUCAUCGCCCUCAUGACGUUUGGCAACUAUGUGCUCUUUAACCUGCUCGUCGCCAUUCUGGUGGAGGGCUUCCAGGCAGAGGGAGAUGCCACCAAGUCUGAGUCAGAGCCGGAUUUCUUCUCACCCAGCGUGGAUGGUGAUGGGGAUAGGAAGAAGCGCCUGGCCUUGGUGGCCUUGGCAGAGCACCCUGAACUACAAAAGAGCCUUCUGCCACCCCUCAUCAUCCACACAGCUGCUACGCCAAUGUCACUGCCCAAGAGCUCCAGCACAGGUGUGGGGGAAGCCUUGGGCCCUGGCUCCCGCCGCACCAGUAGCAGUGGGUCGGCUGAACCUGGAGCUGCCCAUCAUGAGAUGAAGUCACCGCCGAGUGCCCGCAGCUCCCCACACAGUCCCUGGAGUGCGGCAAGCAGCUGGACCAGCAGGCGCUCCAGCCGGAACAGCUUGGGCCGGGCCCCCAGCCUAAAGCGUAGGAGCCCGAGUGGAGAGCGGAGGUCCCUGCUGUCAGGAGAGGGUCAGGAGAGCCAGGAUGAGGAGGAAAGUUCAGAAGAGGAGCGAGCCAGCCCAGCAGGCAGUGAUCAUCGCCACAGGGGUUCCUUGGACCGUGAGGCCAAGAGUUCCUUUGACCUGCCUGACACCCUGCAGGUGCCAGGGCUGCACCGCACAGCCAGCGGCCGAAGUUCUGCUUCUGAGCACCAAGACUGCAAUGGCAAGUCAGCUUCAGGGCGUUUGGCCCAGACCCUGAGGCCCGAUGACCCCCCACUCGAUGGGGAUGAUGGUGAUGAUGAGGGCAACCUGAGCAAAGGGGAACGGUUACGAGCCUGGGUCCGAGCCCGGCUUCCUGCCUGUUGCCGAGAGCGAGACUCCUGGUCUGCCUACAUCUUCCCUCCUCAGUCAAGGUUCCGCCUCCUGUGUCACCGGAUCAUCACCCACAAGAUGUUUGACCACGUGGUCCUCGUCAUCAUCUUCCUCAACUGUAUCACCAUCGCCAUGGAGCGCCCCAAAAUUGACCCCCACAGCGCUGAACGAAUCUUCCUAACCCUCUCCAAUUACAUCUUCACCGCAGUCUUCCUGGCUGAAAUGACAGUGAAGGUGGUGGCCCUGGGCUGGUGCUUUGGGGAGCAGGCCUACCUGCGCAGCAGCUGGAAUGUGCUGGAUGGCUUGCUGGUGCUCAUCUCCGUCAUCGACAUUCUGGUAUCCAUGGUCUCCGACAGUGGCACCAAGAUCCUUGGCAUGCUGAGGGUGCUGCGGCUCCUGCGGACCCUGCGCCCACUCAGGGUCAUCAGCCGGGCCCAGGGGCUGAAGCUGGUGGUAGAGACGCUGAUGUCCUCUCUCAAGCCCAUUGGCAACAUUGUGGUCAUCUGCUGUGCCUUCUUCAUCAUUUUUGGCAUUCUGGGGGUGCAGCUCUUCAAAGGGAAGUUCUUCGUGUGUCAGGGUGAGGACACUAGGAACAUCACCAACAAAUCAGACUGUGCUGAGGCCAGUUACCGAUGGGUCCGGCACAAGUACAACUUUGACAACCUGGGCCAGGCUCUGAUGUCCCUGUUCGUGCUGGCCUCCAAGGAUGGUUGGGUUGACAUCAUGUAUGAUGGGCUGGAUGCUGUGGGUGUGGACCAGCAGCCCAUCAUGAACCACAACCCCUGGAUGCUGCUGUACUUCAUCUCCUUCCUGCUCAUCGUGGCCUUCUUUGUCCUGAACAUGUUUGUGGGCGUGGUGGUGGAGAACUUCCACAAGUGUCGGCAGCACCAGGAGGAGGAGGAGGCGCGGCGCCGGGAGGAGAAGCGCCUCAGGAGGCUGGAGAAAAAGAGAAGGAAUCUAAUGUUGGACGAUGUAAUUGCUCCCGGCAGCUCAGCCAGCGCUGCGUCAGAAGCCCAGUGCAAGCCCUACUACUCAGACUACUCUCGCUUCCGGCUCCUGGUCCACCACCUGUGUACCAGCCACUACUUGGACCUCUUCAUCACGGGUGUCAUUGGGCUGAAUGUGGUCACUAUGGCCAUGGAACACUACCAGCAGCCCCAGAUCCUGGACGAGGCUCUGAAGAUCUGCAAUUACAUCUUCACGGUCAUCUUCGUCUUGGAGUCAGUUUUCAAACUUGUGGCCUUUGGCUUCCGCCGUUUCUUCCAGGACAGGUGGAAUCAGCUGGACCUGGCCAUCGUGCUUCUGUCCAUCAUGGGCAUCACACUGGAGGAGAUCGAAGUCAACGCCUCGCUGCCCAUCAACCCCACCAUCAUCCGUAUCAUGAGGGUGCUCCGCAUUGCCCGAGUGCUGAAGCUGCUGAAGAUGGCUGUGGGCAUGCGGGCGCUGCUGGACACGGUGAUGCAGGCCCUGCCCCAGGUGGGGAACCUGGGACUUCUCUUCAUGCUAUUGUUUUUCAUCUUUGCAGCUCUGGGCGUGGAGCUCUUUGGAGACCUGGAGUGUGAUGAGACACACCCCUGUGAGGGCUUGGGCCGGCAUGCCACCUUUAGGAACUUUGGUAUGGCCUUUCUGACCCUCUUCCGGGUCUCCACCGGUGACAACUGGAACGGCAUUAUGAAGGACACCCUCCGCGACUGUGACCAGGAGUCCACCUGCUACAACACAGUCAUCUCACCCAUCUACUUCGUGUCGUUCGUGCUCACGGCCCAGUUUGUGCUGGUCAACGUGGUCAUAGCUGUGCUGAUGAAGCACCUGGAGGAAAGCAACAAAGAGGCCAAGGAGGAGGCGGAGCUGGAGGCGGAGCUGGAGCUGGAGAUGAAGACGCUCAGCCCGCAGCCCCACUCCCCGCUGGGCAGCCCCUUCCUCUGGCCUGGGGUGGAGGGUGCCAAUAGCCCUGGCAGCCCUAAACCUGGGGCUCCACACACCACGGCCCACAUUGGAGCAGCCUCGGGCUUCUCCCUCGAGCACCCCACGGACAGACAGCUGUUUGACACCAUCUCCCUGCUGAUCCAGGGCUCCCUGGAGGGGGAGCUGAAGCUGAUGGACGAGCUGGCAGGCCCAGGGGGCCAGCCCUCUGCCUUCCCUUCCGCCCUCAGCCCGGGCGGCUCCGACCCACAGAUCCCUCUAGCUGAGAUGGAGGCUCUGUCUCUGACGUCAGAGAUUGUGUCUGAACCGUCCUGCUCACUAGCUCUGACGGAUGACUCUUUGCCUGACGACACUCACACACUCUUACUUAGUGCCCUGGAGAGCAAUAUGGUACCCCACCCCGAGGAGGUGCCGGUCCCUCUGGGACCAGACCUGCUGACCGUGAGGAAGUCUGGUGUCAGCCGGACGCACUCUCUGCCCAAUGACAGCUACAUGUGUCGCAAUGGGAGCACGUCUGAGAGAGCCCGAGGACACAGGGGCUGGGGGUUCCCCAAAGCCCAGUCAGGCUCCAUCUUGUCUGUUCACUCCCAACCAGCAGACACCAGCUGCAUCCUACAGCUUCCCAAAGAUGCACCCUAUCUACUCCAGCCUCACGGGGCCCCCACCUGGGGCGCCAUCCCUAAACUACCCCCACCGGGCCGCUCCCCUCUGGCUCAGAGGCCGCUCAGGCGCCAGGCGGCAAUAAGGACUGACUCCCUGGACGUGCAGGGCCUGGGUAGCCGGGAAGACCUGCUGUCAGAGGUGAGUGGGCCCUCCUGCCCUCUGACCCGAUCCUCAUCCUUCUGGGGCGGGUCGAGCAUCCAGGUGCAGCAACGGUCCGGCAGCCAGAGCAAGGUCUCCAAGCACAUCCGCCCACUAGCCCCUUGCCCAGGCCUGGAACCGGGCUGGGCCAAGGACCCUCCAGAGACCAGAAGCAGCUUAGAGCUGGACACGGAGCUGAGCUGGAUUUCAGGAGACCUCCUGCCCAGCAGCCAGGAGGAACCCCUGUCCCCACGGGACCUGAAGAAAUGCUACAGUGUAGAAGCCCAGAGCUGCCGGCGCAGGCCUGGAUCCUGGCUAGAUGAACAGAGAAGACACUCCAUUGCCGUCAGCUGCCUGGACAGCGGCUCCCAACCCCGCCUAUGUCCAAGCCCCUCAAGCCUGGGGGGCCAACCUCUUGGGGGCCCUGGGAGCCGGCCUAAGAAAAAACUCAGCCCACCCAGUAUCUCUAUAGAUCCCCCGGAGAGCCAGGGCCCUCGGCCCCCAUGUAGUCCUGGCGUCUGCCUCAGGAGGAGGGCGCCAUCCAGUGACUCCAAGGAUCCCUCGGCCUCAGGCCCCCUUGAUGGCACGGCUUCCUCACCCUCCCCAAAGAAAGAUGCGCUGAGUCUCUCCGGUUUGUCCUCUGACCCAACAGACCUGGACCCCUGAGUCCUACCCACUCUCCCUGUCACCUUUCUCUACUGGGUGCAGAUCCUAGCUCCGCCUCCUGGGCAGUAUUUCUGAAAAGUCCCACGUACACAGCCAGGCGCUUCUCCUGGCUUCUUUAGUGGCUGGGGGAUCACAAGUGGGACUUCCAGAGAGUCUGAAGAGAGCACAGCCCUGGCAUCACCGCCUCCGG